AAGAUGCGCAAAGACGUGAGGAUUUUACUGGUGGGAGAGCCCAAAGUUGGGAAGACCUCUCUCAUUAUGUCUCUGGUCAGCGAGGAGUUCCCAGAAGUGGUUCCUUACCGUGCUGAAGAGAUCACCAUACCUGCUGAUGUUACACCAGAAAGAGUUCCCACGCACAUAGUGGACUAUUCAGAGGCAGAGCAGACAGAUGAACAACUUUUUCAGGAGAUCUCCAAGGCAAAUGUGAUUUGCAUUGUCUACUCUGUCAACAACAAGAAGUCCAUUGAGAAGGUUACCAGCCACUGGAUUCCCCUCAUUACUGAGAAUACAGACAAGGAUAGCAGGGUUCCUCUGAUCCUGGUGGGAAACAAGUCCGACCUGGUGGAACACAGCAGCAUGGAGACCAUACUUCCUGUCAUGAACCAGUACAGUGAGAUAGAAACCUGUGUUGAGUGCUCAGCGAAGAACUUGAAGAAUAUCUCUGAACUGUUCUACUACGCCCAGAAAGCUGUUCUGCACCCAACUGGUCCCCUCUACUGUCCAGAAAAAAAAGACAUGAAGCCGCUUUGUGUUAAAGCCCUGACUCGAAUUUUCAAAGUGUCUGACCUUGACAACGAUGGUAUUCUCAAUGACAACGAGCUAAACUUCUUCCAGAGGACGUGCUUCAACACCCCAUUGGCCCCCCAAGCCCUGGAGGAUGUGAAGAACGUGGUGAGGAAGAAUGUGAAUGACGGCGUGUGUGACAACGGCCUCACUCUGAAAGGUUUUCUGUUUCUCCACACCCUGUUUAUCCAGAGAGGUCGGCAUGAGACCACCUGGACGGUACUGAGGAGGUUUGGUUACGACGAUGACCUGGAGCUGCAUCAGGACUACCUCUUUCCUCUUUUGAAAAUUCCUCCAGACUGCACCACAGAGCUCAACCACAAUGCCUACCUCUUUCUUCAGCGUGUCUUUGAUAAACAUGACCAGGACCGGGACUGCGCCCUGUCGCCAGAGGAGCUGAAGGACCUGUUUGAUGUAUUUCCCUACAUGCCCUGGGGUCCAGAUGUCAACAACACAGUAUGCACCAAUGACCAGGGGUGGAUCACCUAUCAGGGAUACCUCUCACAGUGGACACUGACAACAUACUUGGAUGUCCAACGAUGCCUGGAGUACUUGGGUUAUCUUGGUUACUCCAUUAUUGCUGAGCAGGACUCCCAGGCUGCGGGGAUAACAGCGACCAGGGAUAAGAAGAUCGACUUGCAGAAGAAGCAGACCCAACGCAGUGUUUUCCGCUGUAACAUCUUUGGAGAUGUCGCCAGUGGCAAGAGUGGCUUCCUCCAAGCUUUCCUGGGUAGAAACCUCAUGCGGCAAAAAUUGAUUCGGGAGGAGCACAGAUCCUACUACGCCAUCAGCACGACCUAUGUGUAUGGCCAGGAGAAGUACCUGCUUCUUCACGAGGUCUUCCCAGAUGUCGACUACCUGUCCGACACUGACCUGGCCUGCGACAUUGUCUGUCUGGUUUAUGACGCCAGCAACCCUUUCUCCUUUGACUAUUGCGCCAAAGUCUUCAAGCAAUACUUCAUGGACAGUAAGACCCCAUGUAUGAUGAUAGCAACUAAAUCAGACCUGCCAGAGGUCAAACAGCUGUACGCUUGUAGCCCACUGGAAUUCUGCAGGAAACACAAGAUGCCCCCUCCUCAGUCCUUCACCUGUAACACCGCUGCAGCCCCCAGCAAAGACAUCUAUACCAAACUCACCACCAUGGCCAUGUACCCACACGUGAGCCAGGCAGACCUGAAGAGCUCGACCUUCUGGCUGAGGGCCAGCGUCGGGGCCACAGUGUUUGCAGUGCUGGGCUUUGCCAUGUACAGAGUCCUCCUCAAACCACGGUGAUCCUCGCUUGACCCAAUACACACUGACGGCGUUUCGGCAGGAUCAGAACUGAAGCUAGUUACAAACUCGAGGUAUCUCUAAAGCUGUUAGAUGAUGGAGGAAGUUCAGAAGGCUGCAAAAGUGUCCCAAUCUGAAAAAUUUGUCUUGAGCAGUGGAAAAACAAAAUCUUGAGCAUACUUGGCUUAAUCAUCUUCCUUCUUCAUUGCGGUAAAAUUAUGUAUAUAUAUAUUUUCCCCAUGUGGGUAUAAAAGUGAAAAUAAUUUAUUUUUUAUGUAUGUUGCUCAUUUUAUUUCUUUGUCUGCAAGUAUUUUGCUCAAACU